UGCCUCAAUAGUCUCUCCCACUAUUAUAUGCCCUCUCUUCCUCUCCACCCAUCCUCCGCCCCCUUCUCAUCGUCUCCUUUCUCACUUCAUCGGAAGAGUUCAUGUCGGACAAAGGUCGGCCCUUGCCAAAGUUUGGCGAGUGGGAUGUCAAUGAUCCUGCUUCUGCAGAGGGGUUCACUGUGAUCUUUAAUAAAGCCCGAGAUGAGAGGAAAACAGGGAGCAAUGCACGAGAAACAGACUCACCUGGGAAGGAGGAGACAGGUUUUAAACAUGGACCGUAUGCUUCUAAGUCUACUGCUAAGAAAUGGUUUUGCUGCAUGCAAGCAUCAGCAGAAUCAUGAGGAUGAAUGCUUGUGGUUUAUGAAUUAUGGUAUUGAUCGAGUGACGGGAAGUGCUGGCCACCAUUUAUAUCUGUUCCUGUUGACAUUUCAUUUGCAGUAGUUGAAGGUUAAGAUGGCUCGAGUGAGCAAGACUGGAAGAAAGCUGGGGAGGGUUGGAAAGGCUUAAGAGUCAUUCAUUUAUUCAUGUGAACAUAUGCAUAUUCGAAACUUAAAUUGAUCUCGUUUUCUUUUUCUAUUCCAUAUGUUAUACCAUUUUUGUUUCAGAUAA